AUGUUCUGUUCUGAGUAUAGGCCCCAUAUAAAGAGUGAAAAUCCUGGUCUGUCGACUGGUGAUACUGCUAAGAAACUAGGAGAGUUGUGGGCUGAACAGUCACCCAAAGACAAGCAGCCAUAUGAACAGAAAGCAGCAAAACUUAAUGAGAAGGUUAUUGCUGCAUAUCAGAAAAAUGGCAAUAGUGACAUUGGUAAGAAGGUUCCUGGCAGGCUAGCAGGUUCAAAGAAGAUUGAGCCAGAAGCUGAUAAAGACGAGGAGGGAGAAGAAGAUAAGGAAAAAGAGGAUCACGAAGAUGAUGAGUGA